GGAGUGACAGCUCCAGUUUCCCCCAACGCUCAGUGUGUCUGAAACUCCACUGGCUCCUUCCCUGCUAACUCCUCACUUCAUAGUGCUGCGUACUAAAAACAUCGGACGCUAGGGGAUCAAGACGCAUGCCACAUUGCCUCUAUGAGGGCACUUUAACUGAUCUUUCGGGGUUUUUUCCCAGUAAGGGGGCUGUGGAGGGAGGACUUUUUUUAUUCUCAUUGUCUGAUGACUGUUUGCACGGCCAGUUAUUGAGUUGAUUGUUUAUUAUUUUGGCUCUUGUUGCCCGACGCCCUGCGCGUUUUUUCCUCCCUUUUUGGAAUCGGCGACCUAUCGCGCGCUCACCAAUGUCCUAUCCUCAGGGUUACCUUUACCAGCCCCCGGGCUCUCUGGCGCUUUAUUCGUGUCCGGCUUACGGGGCCUCGGCGCUGGCUGCCCCGCGGAACGAAGACUUGGCGAGGUCGUCCUCUGGCUCAGCCUUCAGUCCUUACCCCGGAUCGGCUGCUUUCUCUGCCUCGGCCAGUGCGGGAUUCUCCAGUCCGCUGUCAUACUCCACGGAUCCGACAGCAGGAUUCCCAUCUUACAUGGUAAAAUAUCCCAUUUAAUCGUGUAAUAUCGUAUGUGGGGAAAGAAUAUGAAGUCAGUGAAUGUGUCGACAAGUUUAAGUCGGGUAGUGCGCAAAACCUUCGGCUGUCCUUCUCUGGCAUUUAGCGAGUUGAAGUCGCCGUAAGUUUACAGUGCUUUCAGUUUUAUUUUUCAGUCGGUAACUUUGGAAACAUUUUUGUAGAUCGAGCGGAUAAUAUGCAAUCAUAUUUAGUGGCCUACUUAUCGGGUUCUCGGUGCAAAAUCCGUUACCCUUUUGGCUUAGAUAGGAUUUUUGAAGCAUGAGCUGCAAAUUGCAAAGGCUUGACCAACGCUUAACACUCACUGCGCAGCUAAUAAUGAUACCAAGUUCGUUUUUUUUCCCACUCUCCAGCUUCCAGGGCUGUUAAUUUGUGUCAGAGAAAAUUCAUACCGCACAAGCCAUAAAUCUUUCUUCUUUAGUCAAGUCAUUAAAAUCGCCGCGUACGGGGUGGCUUUAUGACUUUAUUGUGAGACGAAUAAACGGAAUUUUAACAUGAAAAGCAUGACUCGCAAUGCUAAUGUCACAGGGCACUUCAAGCGUUGGAGGAAAGGUGCAUAUCAAGUGAUUUGCUAAUGGGAUUUGUAAUGCUGCAAAGAGAAGAUAUGUUAACACAUUGGGGCUCCCACAGCAAAACAAAAAAAAGCAGCCGGAGAGAGAAAAUGACAGAGUUAAUAGGUGAUUAAAGAAAAUUGAAAUUUCCUUUUUAUUAUCUUUACAGCCAUAUUAACGGGAGCCCUGUUAUUAGUUAAUCCGAUAAUGAUCUUAACCAUUAGUUAACCAUUAGUCCAUGCCUUUCUGCGGCCUGCUUUUACGCACGGUGUGUUUAGGCUCCCAACGCAACUUAUAAUUUAAGUCUUUUUGAGACAACUUAAUGAGUGGAGUUGACAAAUGAAUGAAAGAUUUAAACUCUUUGAAUUUAACACGUUUAUAUUUUUUUUAUCAAAGCCUGCACGUCUCAAAUUAACCAAGGAUGAUUGGAUUUUAUUUAUACCAUUUUUGUGUGAAAACUGCCAGUUGUGUUUAAAAAAAAACCCUCCGGUGGAUUUUUAAAAGGAAACACUGUUUAAUAAUUUAGAUUAUUUUACUGGUUUGGUUUCAUUUGAAUGCAUUUUUGAGUGCUCUAAAAUAUCUCCAGACUGCAUGAAGGGUUUCUGUGAAUUACUCACAAGCCACAGCACACCACUGACUUUUUAUCUCAACUUUCUCUCAGAGCUCUCCAUAUGACGCGCACACGACUGGCAUGGCCGGGGCAUUGAGUUACCACCCAUACGGAAGCCCGGGGUACCCCUACCAACUCAACGACCCGGCUUACCGCAAAAACGCCACCAGGGACGCCACGGCCACCCUGAAGGCUUGGCUGCAGGAGCACAGGAAAAACCCGUACCCGACCAAAGGCGAAAAGAUCAUGCUAGCAAUCAUCACCAAAAUGACCCUGACACAGGUCUCCACAUGGUUCGCCAACGCCAGGAGGAGGCUCAAGAAGGAGAACAAGAUGACCUGGGCGCCCAGGAAUAAGAGCGAGGACGAGGACGAGGAGGACGGGGAUGGGGAGAGGAAGGAGGUGGAACGCUCCGAGAAAACGCUGGACAACAGCGAGGCUUCAGCGGAGGAUGAAGGUGGGGUAUAAUCUGGCAACCGAGCCAAUGAUCCGUUUAACAAUUCAGGGGAGGAUGAGGGUGAGGAAGGGAGGGGGGGGAUGCCCCUUUUUAUUUACUGCUCAAGUUAUUUAGUAACAGAAUAAUCACGGUUUAAAAUUCAAAUCAUUUCAAAUACUUCCAACAUUAAAUAAUAUGUUCUCAUAUAUAUAUAUUUUUAAUCUCGACCAACACGUUGUUUGAUCUAUUAAUCCAAGGCUAGAUUAUAUUGAUUUAUCAGUGAAUGUCAGUGUGAACAUUUACUUUUCUCCUCAUGAUUAAUGGCAGGUCAAUGUCAAAGUGGACACAAAUCAAAACUGUCCGCAUGAAUGAAUUAAGAAAUGCUAAUAUCGCUGUCAAUAUGGAUUUUUCAUACACUUAUUCAACACAGGUUAACGGUAAAUAUAACGUAAAGAAGGAUUUAAAUCGUAGUUUACUAUUUAGACUGGUGAUUAAUUAACACGUGACUUAUCUAAGCCUGGCUGGUCUGUUUGGAUACAUAUGGGCACUGAAUAAUUUCACUGUGCAAUAAGGUAAAGGCAGUUUUAUAUAUAUGUAAUGUUCUUUUUAAUAAGAUAUUAUUUUACAAAAUACCGAUAGUGAUUUGCAUUUUCAUUCUUCAUUUCCUGUGUGUGUCCUCUUUAUUUUUAUGCAUCACUCAUAACAUGGUUGGAUUUUUUCUCGUUUUUAACUCUAAUCCUUAUUUUCUUAAUUUUUCCUCAGGUAUCAGCUUGCACGUGGACACCCUCACGGACCACUCCUGCUCGGCAGAAUCUGACGGGGAGAAGGUCAGCUGCCGCGUGGGCGGGGAGCUAAGCUCUGACCAGGCCGGCGACAAGUGCGACGAGGACGGCGACGAGCUCGACCCGCGCGCUCUGCAGGUCUCACCCAAACCCGUCACUUCGUCGCCUCUCACGGGAGUAGAAGCUCCGGUUCUAGGCCAUCACCACCCACACAACCUCCACCACCACCACCACCACUUGCAUCACCUUCACCAGCUCCACAGAGAGCGCGAGGAUUUGGCCCGGAGCCUCGUGAACAGCACUAAUAUUACCACCAGUAAACCGUCUCCCUGCAUUGACAGCAGACCCUCGACAGGGCCCUCUCAGAACCCUACAGUCAAGCCCAAAUUGUGGUCACUGGCGGAGAUUGCUACCUCGGACCAAAAGCAGCAACAUCAGCAACCGGGGCAGCCUGCAGCAGGGCAACCAAACUGCCCCUCCUCCAGCGGUGGCCUCCUUACUCCCCCCACGCCUUCCACCACCUCUCCGGCUGCCAGUUCUCCCUCCCUCUACCCGGCCCCCUCCAUCCUUGGAAGACCUAUUUAUUACACUUCUCCCUUUUAUAGCAAUUACACAAACUAUGGCAACUUCAGCCCCCUGCAGGGCCAAGGGAUCCUGCGCUACACUAAUUCAUCCGGAGUGAGUCUGGCUGCAGCCGCUGCUGCCGCCGCCGCCGCUGCUGCUGCAAACGAGGGUCUGAGCUCCUCUCAGCAGGCCGUGGAGGCGAACACAAACCCCAAACACAGGCCUGACUCGCCCCUCGUUAAAAAUAACCCGAACCAGAUUGUUGUUGUCGAGCAGCAGCAGCAACAACAGCAUUUCAGACCCGCAAAUUUAGAAGCAAAGAAAGGUACGUAAUAACAUUACGCGCUGAACAGAAUGAUUUGAAGAACUUGUUCAGGAUCUUGAGGUGGUCAUUUUCGUAAGGAAAUCGAAAUAAGUCCACUUGUUUCCAAUGCAAAUCAACUGGUUUCAAGGUGUCAUUUCCAUGUUUUAUUCUGCAGUCAUGCCAUGAGAUGAUCCGGCUGUUUUGCCUCCUUUUCAAGAAUGAUUAGAUGUGACUGAACACAGUUUUGCGUCAGAAACAAGUGGCAUUAUCUGAACAUAAUUGCAGGUUUCAACACGAUUUAGGUUUUAUACGAUAUAAGGACUAAAUAACUCAUUAAGGACUUUUAAAGCGCGAAUGAACUAAGCGGAUGGACACAUAAAAAUGGCAUAAAUAUCGUGUUUUUUCAACCCUUCCAUUACUGUUGCAUCCUUUGUUUAUCAGUUUGCAUACUAAAGUAGAGACGCAGAUGAGAAGCUUUUGCAACAAACUCGCUGUAGGAAUCAGUGAAUGAAAUCAAACUCAAAGCAGUCUUUAAGAGCUCACUUACAGAUAGAGGUGUUGAAAUAAUCCAAUAAAGAAGCCCCAUGUCGGCCCUAACCACGUGCACCUGCGCGCGCACACAAACACGUGCACACGAACGUACAGCGGCAGCCCGAGCAGAGAAAUGUUGCCAUACCUUUGAGCAGGAAUUCUAUUUUUAAUAUUUCCUCUGAAGUGCGCGUGUGUGUUCGUGUGUGUAUGUGUGCGUGUCCUUGUGCACAGUGGGCCCCGAAUCUUACCUUUCAGGUUUAGGAUAAUUAAAAUCACACAGGGUCAGCCAAAAGCAAACACAUCAGUUAGUUUGAAGCGUACAUUCAUCGCGCAACUUUACAUCUACAAAUGUCACUGAGGUUGGUUGUGCACAUUCAAAGCUGUGCGCAGGGGAGUGCGGAGACGCUUUCUCUCCCUCCCUUCUUCUUCUUCUUCUUUUUUUUCUAAACCGGUAAUUAGGCUGCGGGGAUUUUAAUAAGCACUUGCAGUUCAGGGCUGCUUUUUUUUUGCAGAGCCAGCCUGCAGUAGACUUUGUGUUUUCUAGGUUAGUGGAGGGAGUUGAUCAUUUGAUCGUGUGGGAUUUUUAUUUCCACGCUCUGCAGGUAGGUGUCACAAUUGCUUUGAGUAUAAAGCGAGUAAGGCCACCACCUCUUAGCCCCCCAUGUUUUAACCCCCAUAACCUUUGCUCCGAACCGGAUCUAGUGCCACCAUUCAGACAGGAAUAAAAAGCUGCUACCGCUUCCUCAGCUGCACACAGACUGAGACACAUGGGAUUAUUCUUAUAAUUGUAUCAUUUCAGUUCAUUUUAUUUUGUUUUUGUUGAUGCAUUAUGGAUAUUCAUUUUAUAUGCUGGUUUGAAACAGAUCUCCCAUUGUAUGUGAUUUACAUGUUGUUUCUCAGGUUCCUAUAGUUUGCUUAUUUGCCACGGUAUAUUGUUUAAGUAUUUACGUGUGGAAAAAAAAACAACAAAACAAACAAACAAAAAAACAUAAUUUGGCCUUUCUGUGAAACCGUAUUUGUAUAAGGAUGUGUCUUUGGGACGCACAGCGGACGGGGCUGACGUGAACUUGAGGACUUCAAAGUGGAAUAGCCUACAUUUGAUAUUUAUUUUUCUAAAUGAUGGCGACAUGAUGCCUAUAAUUUAUGCAAGUUGUAUUGCAAAAAUGGGAAACUGACAUCGUCUGUUUGUUUUGUAAAUAUAUAUAUUAUGGACGGUUUUUAUUUGAGACACAUUUGGGGAAAAUCGUUACACAAUCUUGUUAUCAGGAGAACUUUUACUAAUUUAUAUCUUUGAAUGUAAAUAAAAUAAAAGGCGCUGGUAUCGAUGUACUGGCGGGUUAUGAUAUUCAUUAUUCAAAGGAGAAAAUAUUAAACUGUUUUCCCAACUAUCACAUCAA